AUGUCUGACGAAGAGAAACAACAAGUAAUACAUGAUGACUACAAUUUUCCACCAGGUACAGUCCAUCUUGUUGAUAUGCACGGUACCUUGAACGUGAAGAAGGGAGAUGGUAAUAUUAUCUUGCACCCACAACCCACGUCCAACGUCAACGACCCUUUGAGGUGGUCCAAGAAGAAAAGGAGUUUGCAGUUUGCUUUCCUUUGGUUCUGGGCUUUUAUGUUGGCCCUUACUUUGAGUUUUAUGGGUCCAUUCUUUGCUGACUGGGUCAUUGAAUUCAACACCUCUUACAACGAGUUGGGUGUUGCAGUUGCUCUAGGAUUUUUAGGGUUGGGAGUUGGUAUUUGUUUUAUUCAACCAACGGGUUUGAAAUUGGGAAAGGUUUUUGUAUACAACAUGGGUACUGUUCUUGCAAUUGUAUCAUGUGCUAUGGGAUCUCAAUCAAAAAAUAUUGGCUAUUUCCACGCUUUCCGAAUUUUGGCUGGUUUAGCUGCUUCUCCUGUUGAUACAUUGGUUGAAAUAUCAGCAAAUGAUUUAUUCUUUCAACAUGAAAGAUCUACUGCAUUUAGUUCCUUGAUUUUAGCUUUAUAUGGAGGUACAGAUUUGGGUCCGGUUGCAGCUGGUUAUAUUGGUGAGAGCAUGCAUUGGAGCUGGUGUUACUACAUCCAAAUUAUCAUAUAUAUCCCUAUGUUAAUACUUGGUUUCUUCUGGAUGGAAGAGACUACCUUCAGACGUUCUGAAAACGAAGAGGAGGAAUUGGAAGAGGAAAUUCUUGCUCAAAUUAAAUCACAUGAAACCGGACAAAUUGCCGAUAUUGUGUCUAGUGAGCAAAAGUACAACAUCGAUGUUGUGGUGGAUGCCAAAUCUGAUGACGAUGAUCAAGUGAAGUGGACGUAUUGGCAAAGACACAAAUUGUAUCACACUGCACAGAAUGACACAAGAUCAUGGUUGUGCAUUUUCUUGAGACCGUUUUAUUUAGUUACAUUCCCUGCUGUUGUUUGGAGUGGUAUGAUUUAUGGCUUUCAAAUGUUUUGGUUAUCCCUUGUUAUAAAUACACAAUCAGCAAUUUACUCAGCUGAGCCUUAUAAUUUCACUGUGAACAAUGUCGGUUUGACCACUAUGGGUCUUUUCAUCGGUAAUGUUAUCGGAAUGUUUUACGGUGGACAAUUUGUGGAUUGGUUUGCUAUUAAAAUGGCCGAACGUAACAACGGUAUUUUGGAGCCAGAACAUAGAUUGCACACUAUGCUUAUCCCAACGAUUCUCAACGCCGCUGGUAUUUUGGCAUAUGGUUUGGGAUCGUACUACGGCAAACAUUGGGCCAUUUCUGUUGUCGCUGGUCAAGGUUUGAUGGGUUUUGCAAUGAGUUCAUCGGGCGCAAUUUGUUUGGUUUACGCAGUUGAAUGUUACGAGAAAUUGGCAAGUGAAAGUCUUGUGUUGAUUUUGUUCAUUAGAAAUAUGAUUGGUAUGGGAUUUUCUUUUGCCAUUUCCCCUUGGAUUGCUGCAGAAGGUUUAUUGAAGACGACUUAUGCUAUGUUUGCAAUUUCGGUGAUUGUAAAUGGAAGUUAUAUUUUUAUGACUUGGAAAGGAAAAGCCAUCAGACGUUGGUCCAGAGCUCGCUACGAGAGAAUUAGUGUUCCUUCGUACGGGGAGAUCUUCAAGAGAAACAAAUGA